GGAAGGUGGUGAAAAGAGAUGGAACUGCCUACUUCUCCCGGAGCUCUGAACUCAUGGAAACUUGUAGAACAUCAAAAUUGGGACUCUUUUUCCAUUCCCACCCAGAGAGGCUUCCCUCGGGUCACUUGUUACAUUAUGAAAGCAAUAUUGCUUGUUUUCUUUAUUUAAUUUUCAACAGCAGCUAGUCACAAAGCUAAACACAUCAGUAAGCAAAACCUCUAAUCCAAAGCUUGUCACAGCUGUAGCUUCUGCCAAAAUGUCAUGGGAAUCUACAGAGAAAAAGAAUAAUAUCCUCAAUCAGUGUGUUAGAGACCUGGAAAAAAGCACAGAAUGAGGUUUGGGAAGGAAGUGAUAUUCACAGAAAAAUAAAACAUUACUCAUAAAAAUCUUUACUUCUUACUGCCAGUAAGUCCUAGAAGAAUAACAGUUCUUUGAGCAACAAUAUUACAUUUAUGUUCUAAAGCUGCAAAAAAAGUAGAUGACUGAGUUCUAAUGGUACAGUUUACCCAAGCAGAUGAUCCUAACUAGAUUGCGAGAGAAUCAAUCAAGUGCUUUCUCUCAGCUUUAGGAGUGUAGUAAUUGGUGCCAAUCCUCUCUUAGGCAGAACUUUCUGCCAUCUCUGUACUGACUUGGAUGGAGUGUAUGUGUAUGUGGAACUGGGAACAGAUGUAGUUUAAAGCUUGAAAUGACUUGUUUUCGUCUUGAUUCCUUUGACUCUGAAAGUGCAAAGGAGGUACCAUUUUCUUAUUUUGUGUAAAUGUAAGCACAGAAAAAUGUAAUAUUAUUGAGGAACUGCAGCUUGUCACAUCAUCUACCAUCCAGAAGUGGCAGAUUUCCUGUGUUUAGUUUGAUACUGUCUUCUGAUGUCUAUUGUUUACCUGCUCUAAUUGAAUAAAUCAUUAGCUCAUUAGCCUGUAAUAACUUCUCACUGGGUUUCUAGUUAUCUCACCUACUUCAGCUAUUUUUCAGCUUGGGGUUUUUGGUCUGGAAAAAAAUGUAGCAGCAUACAGACAGAAAUAUAUUGGCAAACCAAGAAUAUGCAGCUGCUUUGCAUGUGCCUUUUAAACAUGACGAGAUAAAAGAUUUUCACGCUAUUCAACUGAAAGUAGUGAGAACCUUAAAUAUUGAUGUGGAAAACUGGCAGUCAAGAAGACAAGAGCAGACAUGAAUGAAUAAGCAGCAUAUCCUGUUGCCUAGGAUAACAGAAUGCAGAAGGUUGGCCUGCCAAUAACAAUCAAAGGAUAAGUUGGAUAUCUGACAUUAUUGUGGUGGUGUCUCCCGAAAAUAUUGAAACAAUGAAGACUAUCAUUCAGAAAUAUGGCCACAAAAGAGUUACAGUAGUAAAAGGUGGAAUAACACGUCACCGAUCAAUUUUUAAUGGACUGAAAGUAUUUGCAGAGGAUGAGUUUUCCAAAUAUCUGCUCCAGAAACCAGAAGUAGUGGUUAUCCAUGAUGCUGUGAGGCCAUUUGUUGAAGAAGAUAUUCUGUUAGAAGUGGUUAUGGCUGCUAAAGAACAUGGGGCAGCAGGAGCAAUUCGUCCUCUGGUGUCUACUGUUAUUGCUUCUUCUGCAGAUGGCUGUUUAGACCACUCAUUGGAACGUGCCCGGUAUAGAGCAAGUGAAAUGCCUCAGGCUUUCUUAUUUGAUAUAAUCUACCAAGCAUACCAACAGUGUACUGACUAUGACCUGGAUUAUGGAACUGAAUGUUUGCAUCUGGCUCUGAAAUAUGGUAAAACAAAGGCCAAACUUAUUGAAGGAACAGCUGACCUCUGGAAGGUGACCUACAAGCGGGAUCUGUAUGCAGCUGAAUCGAUUAUUAAGGACAACCUAUCACAACAAGUUGGUGUUAUUACUGAUGUGAAGGAAGAUGUGGUGCAAGUUGGUUUGCUCCUUCAUGAAUCUCUGAAAAGCCAAAUACAAGUUGAAGCUAUAUCAAUAUCUCUAUGCCAAAAUGAAAGCCAUCUACAGAACAUGUUUUCAGGACGGUGCUACAAUUUUAUUUACAUACACGAUAAACAACCUGCAUUUCAAGAAACCCAUCUACUAGUGGAUAUGUUGGAAAAAUCAAAUAUUACUCUCUUAUAUCCAGUUAUUCUUAUUUCGGUGCACUUGAAUAGUUCAGAAAAUAUUUCUUUCAGCAUUGGGAUGGAAGAACUAACUAGGAACAAGAAAUUUGCAAGGGAAGUGAAAAAGAAAAAUAUUUGGGUUUAUGAUCUCCUUAUCCAUUACAAGGACUGUUUGCCACUUCAGGAGGCAGUAAAUUCUGCUGCUGCUCUUAUCAUGGCAUUAAUAAAGGACAGAAACCCUGAGCUGAUUGGUCAGCUGUUGGUAGCAUAAGAUCCUAAAUCACAUGUAGCUUUUGGAAAUGUUUCUUUUUCAUCAUGCAUUCACCAAAGGUCUUGAAACAUAUUUUACCCUUUGAUGAAAACUCUGGAUUUAUGACAUUUACUAUUAAGAUGUUCUAAUAACAUAUUUUUGAUACUUAAAAUGCAAGUCUGAUGUUUUGUAUAUAAGUGUAAAAUGAAAUAUAAAUCAUUCUGAGAUGCACUAGAUACAUACUUUGAGGAAUAACACCGAAACAUUUGUUUGUGAGAUACCGAUCAUUUAAAAAAGUGCACAGAGGACACCAAAGCAUUCAGUCUCUGUAUAGGAUUGUCUUUGAUGCAAUUGCAUGUGCGUGGUACUCUAGGACUGUAUUGUGAAGUUUUCUUUAAGUUAAAAUAAUACUAAAGCACAACUCUUGAUCCUUACAUGAAAGUAUUUUAAAAUUGCUGCUAUACCUAUUAGUGAAUGCAGCAUUUAUUGUACAGAAUAGCCUUUCUGACAUCAACGUAAACAUGCAUUGCAGUAAGAGUAGGCUCAGAUCUCUUCAUAAAAGGAAGAGUAACCUUGUAACAAUGAAGAGAUGUGCAUAUGGAUUUUGAAAUGCUACAGCCCAAUUUUCUGGAUAAGGUAUGCUCUGAGUGGAGCACUCCUUAGUUCUGCACUUCUAGUAUCGAGAUACCACCAUUCGGAACCUUCUCUGAUACUGCUGCUAAAGUAUUAUGCAUAUCCUUGGUGCAUGUGUGUGUGUGUGUGUAUGUGUAUGCAUGUAUGUACAUGUGCUUAGGGAGAAGAGAGAAGACCAAAAAAUAUUUUCCAGCAUAAUCUGUAGGUCGUGGAGAAGUAAGAAGAUUCUGUUGUUCCUUUCUGCUACAGGAUUGCAGUUUUCAUCUCUUGCUGGUUAGUGUGUAUGGAAGAAAACUGAGUGUUGCAAGUUCAAAUAUACACUACCUUGAUAUUUAAGUGUUCAGGUUGGGACAGGAGGUUUAAAAUGGUGAAUGGUUAUUAUGUUGAGUAUUUCCAGGUAUUACAACUGCUAAAAGCAAUGCAAGAUUUCUGAAAGCAGGACAGUCCCUGAAAGCAACUGUCUCUCCCUGUGCAUCAGAUUCUUGGGAAAUUGCUGCAUUUCUGCAGCUUGCAAAGGGGCUAGGUUAAUGCCUUAAGUACCUGCAGUGAUGGGAACAGGGACUUAGUGAAAUAUUCCCACCAUGAGUGUCUCAUUCUGUCUAUACAGGGAGAGAGAGCUACCAGUUCAAGACGUUUCUCUCUGAAACCAGUCAUACCAGCUGUCUGACCACUCACUGCCUUGUUCUCAUGAGUACAGUUUCUCAAAUCUGGUAGUUAGGCACAAGGGCAUGACACUGGAGAAUUCACUGACUACAUCCUCAUGGGUCCUAGAUGUAGAAUGUAAUUUAGCCAGUCUUAGCCAGAAAAAAGAAAUAGGCAGACCAAGUAAAGCAGAGAAUGUCUAGCUUAAUGGCAUUCAGGAUGGAUCCUUCUCUAUGCGAGGCAGAUGUUCAAAAACCCAUCUUAAGUAAAGCUUCUAGUUUUGGUUAAGAAAUUUUUCUCUCUCCAUUAUCUAGCAGUGGCUGUGCAAAGUUCUUUCCUGCAGCUCAGCUCUUCAAGAGGACAGAGUGAGAAGAGCUUGGAGUGUUGUGGUUCAAUAACACAGGGUCUUUUGUGGCAGUACAAACUGAAAGAGUUCCCCAUCUUCUAGCCCUACCAUGUUCCUCUCCCUUUGAUGCUCAGACAAAACUUAGUGAGGAGUAAGAUGAUCCAGGGUUGGUUUCUCUGUUUUGCUUUGCUCUGCUCUGCUCCCCUCUCCUCUUCCUUUCUUUUUUUCAUUCUUUCUCUCUCACUUUCUCCCAUUCUCUCUUCCCCCUUCUCUCUUUUUCUCUCUCUCUCUGUCUCUCUUUCUUGCCUUUUAUCUCUCUCUCGCUUUUUCACUUCUGCUCACUUUCUCUCUCUUUCUCUCUCUCUCUCUCUUUCUCCCUUUUUUCAGCCUUAUUUUAAGCCUGGAUCAGUUCCUGCAAUUGCCCUAUCAACACAGAAGGCAGCGUUGACAGUGGCAGUAAAAAGUGGUCCAGGAUAAAAUAAGUGCUCCUUAACUGCUUAAGAAUGGCUUAUUAACUUUUGCUGAGGCACUAUCUGUAUCUGUUUUAAAUCUUGUUAAGAAGCUGCUGUUGAUCCCAAACUUCCUUCAUUACAAGAUACAAUACAGAGUUGUUAGCUCUCUGUUCUGUAUCCAAAGCACACAUUUUAUUCCACACAGAAAUCAUGCUAAUACAACUAACAAAGUUCUCAUGCGUCAUCUGUUUCCUUCAUUGCUUCUCUCUCCUCUCUGUUUUGAUUAAUAGUUUGUCCUUUCCUGACAUUGUACAACAUAAGCAUUUGUAUUAGCUUUGUGUGUGGCUAUACAAUAGGCAUAUUUUAUUGGUAUUUAUUCAUGCCUGUUCAUAUGCAAAGUGGUCAAAUAAAUGAGGAACUCUGAAUUUAUUGUUAGCAUUCAUAUUUUAACAGGACAACUCUUACAGAUAAAUUUCCGGAAUUCACUUUUACAUUAAUAAAUUGAGUUUGAUGAAGGAAUUUGUCUCACAAGCUUCUAAAGACAUGAUGCAAGAUAUUUCUUUGAUUAUUGUAUUCUGUGAUUCUUCUAGACUUUAAGACUAAAAUACUAUGCAUGAGGGGUUUUCCCCACAGAAUAAUAAAGUGAAAUUGUAAAAUCCUUCAUGUUUUCUGUCUACUUUAAUAUAUGCAUUGUGCUACAGACUUAGCAUUGGAUUGUGCACAGCUUGCCCUUUGCUUAAUAAACAGAACCUUUUA